UAUAUAUAUAUAGUUAUCUCCUCAAUCUGUUUAUUGUAACAUAAUGUAUAUCUAUUGCGCCCAGUUAGUUGCAACACUCGUAGAGUGUAAUAUUGAUGACUCGUUGAUAGCCUUAUCAUACGGCAAUGUUCCACUCAUUGUGUUACUAGGUACAAACUGGACCUAUGAGAUCAUUUCUAUGCUGCUUCAAGGUCAUUCUUCAUACCUCAAGGAUCUUAAAACUAUCGGAAUGCUGGAAACCAUAGACCUAAAUACCUUGGCAAAUAUGGCGUCACCACGAGUACUUAAUACUCACAUCCCAUUCCGACAUCUGUCCAAGCAACACUUAACCAAGGGAUGCAAGAUAGUCCACGUCCUCAGGAAUCCAAAAGACACACUGGUAUCGUGGUAUAACCACUGUAAAUUAGACUCCCGUCUUCGUCACCCAAGUACAGCUGAGGAAGGAGAGUUUCCGGGGACAUGGGAAAACUUCCUAAAGGACCAGAUGGAAAACAAACACAAUAUGUACGAUGGAUUCAUCAAAUACGAGAAGGAUUGGGAGGUCGCCAAACGUACCAAAGCUGUAACUAACGUACACACCAUGUUCUAUGAGGAUCUUCAGAAGGAUCCAGUGGCUGAGAUCAAACGUCUAGCUGGUUAUUUAGAAGUGCCUGUCGACGAGGAACUUGUGACGGAUAUCGCAGAUAAGUGUUCGUUCAAAAACUUAAAAAACGCAGCAAUAUCGAUAAAAACUGGGAAUAUCCCGGUUACGGAAGGAGGAAUCGCGUUCUUAUUUAGGAAAGGUAUGGUCGGUGACUGGAAAAACUGGUUCACAGUUGCUCAAAACGAACACUUUGACGAAUUUCUGAACAGAGAGCUAAAGGGAUCGUCACUCAAAUUUAAAUAUGAAAUAUGAUAUUCAGUGAUGUUACCAUAGGAACAAUUUGUUAACAUACACGUGUUUUGGAAAAUGUCUACAUCCCUGUCAAGCAUAGAGGAAUGACGGGUCUUUAAACGGAAAGUAUAUUAUCCACAUAUGAACGAUUAAGUUAUCAAGUUUAUGAUUAUUUUAAAUUGUCACGGACAUAGUUAUCAUCCAAUUGCAAUUCAGAUAAUUUCAAUUGUAUUACUUUUAUGUAACAGAAGCAAUACAAUCGAUUCUGCUUGAAUUAUAAACAGCAUGCUUGACUAAAUUGUCCCUUUAAUAGACAAAGAAUUGUGUACAAAUUUUAAUGAAACAUUCCUUGUUAAGCGUAAUUUACCCAAUUAAUGUGACAGUUUGGGAAAGCACAGCUAUACUAAUAAUCGUUCUUCUACAAUAAUAAACAAUACAGACAGAAGAUCUUAUAUACGUCUUAAAGAAUUUAUCAAACAAUUUCAAAUAUUUCAAAUAGCAUAAGAAGAGAACUCAUUUAAUAAGUUCCAUAUGACAAAGUCACUAGUACUAAUUCUGGUUAAUAAAAUAACUGAUAUAAGAAUAUAAAUUUCAAAUCACUUUCUAUAUUAAAUCAGGCGAAUUUUGUUUCCGACGGUAUGUUUUUUUCGUAUAGUGUGAUGGGAGUGUUGCAUUGGGUAGGCGAGCGAGCAAUCGCUUGUGACGUCAUAAACUCGACAAUAACGUGACAUCAUGAAUUGUGAAACGCACAACAGAAUGGCUCUCUGAUUUAUUAAUUCCUCCUAUUUUUUUUUUUAAUAUUCGAAGACUUGUUCAAUAAAAUUUCUUAUGAAGGGGAAUAAACAGAAUACCUCGCAAUAUCUUCAAUAAUACCAAUAUAUAAUAUAUAUAUAUUGUACAUGUAUUACUGAAGACACUGUUAGAUAUCCUCUA